GGUCAGGGUUUGGGGGUGCAGUGAGGGGUUUUGGGGUGAUUUUAGGAUGUCUUUCCCACUUUCAUACCCACGUGUGCUUUCUCCUGCCACAGCUGCGCGUCAGCAAGGAACAGGAGCAUUUCUUGGUGGCCCCACAGGGGCUGGCAUGCAGUGAGGUGACAGCGGCCAGCUUGAUCAAGGUGAACGUGCUGGGGGCCGUGGUGGAGCAGGGCAGCACCAACUUCACCCCGGACACUGGCAGCUUCAGCCUCCACGCCGCCAUCUACGCCGCCCGCCCCGAUACCCGCUGCAUCAUCCACCUGCACACCCCGGCCACGGCUGCAGUCUCGGCCAUGCGCUGUGGGGUGCUGCCCAUCUCCCGCGCCGCGCUGCUCCUGGGGGAUGUCGCCUACUUCGACUUCAGAGGGGAGGUGGAGGAGGAAAGCGACCGGGUCGAGCUCCAGAAGUGCCUCGGUCCCACCUGCAAGAUCCUGGUGCUGCGCAACCACGGCGUGCUGGCGCUGGGCGACACGGCCGAGGAGGCUUUCUACAGCAUCUUCCACCUGCAGGCGGCCUGCGAGAUCCAGGUGUCGGCGCUGGCGAGCGCGGGGGGCACGGAGAACCUGAUCGUGCUGGAGCGCAGCAAGCACCGUGCGCACGAGGUGGGCUCCGUGCGCUGGGCGGGCAGCACCUUCGGGCCCAUGCAGAAGAGCCGCUUGGGCGAGCACGAGUUCGAGGCCCUCAUGAGGAUGCUGGACAACCUGGGGUACCGCACCGGCUACACCUACCGCUACCCCCUGGUGCAGGAGAAGAGCAAGCCCAAAAGCGAUGUGCUCAUCCCCGCCACCGUGACUGCCUUUGUGUUCGAGGAGGAGCCGGCCCCGGUGCCCGCGCUGCGGCAGCACGCACAGAAGCAGCAGAAGGAGAAGACGAGGUGGCUCAACACCCCCAACACCUACAUGAGGGUCAAUGUGGCUGAGGAGCAGCAGGGCAGCGCCGGCAGCCAGAAGACAAAGACGACGUGGCUGAAAGCAGACGAGGUGGAAAAAGGCAGCAGCGGGACCCCCAUCCGAAUCGAGAACCCCAACCAGUUUGUGCCCCUCUACACGGACCCACAGGAGGUGCUGGAGAUGAGGAACAAGAUCCGGGAGCAGAACCGCCAGGAUGUGAAGUCAGCCGGCCCCCAGUCCCAGCUGCUGGCCAGCGUGAUCGCAGAGACCAGCCGCAGCCCCUCCACAGAGAGCCAUUUGGGUGAUGCAGAAGCCAAAGAAGCAUCCAGGGAUGAGGCCCCCCCGGAGCCGGAGCCCCCAAACCCCUUCAGCCAGCUGACGGACCAGGAGCUGGAGGAGUACAAGCAGGAGGUGGAGAGGAAAAAGCUGCAGGGUGAGAAGGCUGCUGUGGCCGAGGAGAGCCAGGCUCCCCCUGCAUCCCCACCGCAGAGCCCGGCCCCGACGCCUGCGGAGCCCUCGGAGGGUGACAAGAAGGAGGAUGGGGACCAAGCGCCGGCUGAUUCUGCUGUUGAGAAGGAGCCGCCAGCGGUGGUGAAUGGGAAGGAGGAGGAGCAAAGCACCGAGGAAAGCAAAGCCGGGGAGCGGACAACGUCCCCUGCCAACACCGACACGGAUGCCCCUAAGGAGAAGGAGACGGUGACCAGCAGCCCCGUGUCCCCCGAAGGCUCCCCUUCCAAAUCGCCCUCGAAGAAGAAGAAGAAAUUCCGGACCCCGUCUUUCCUGAAAAAAGGCAAAAAGAAGGAAAAGAUCGAAUCCUGAGUGUCCUCCGCAGCCUCCGCCCCCCAAUCCGCUCCGGAGGGAGGCACCAAAGACGCAGGGAUGGCUCCUGCAGCUGAAAAGCCGGGAGAUGAGCUGUUUCCUUGGCUAUUCCCGGCACCAGGCGCCUCAUCCCCUCGUCACCCGCUUAUUGGAGGCGGUCACUGAGCUUAGGAAAGAUUUGUGGCCCCUGUUUGCUGCUUGGGGAAACACCCACCCGCUGCAAUGUCCCUUCUCCCUCCUCCCUGCUGGGUACCAGCCCCUUUCCCAGUCCCGGAUUGAGGGUUGGAUGUGGGGUGUUUGCUCCCCCUUUGUGAAUUGCAGGGCGCAGCUCGGAUGCGCUCGGUUUGAGGACGAAAAGGGUGCUUUUUGUUGUUCUUUUCCUACCUUCUUGUCCCAAGCUCUACUGGAAUGGCUUCACACACCCCCUGGGCAACAUCGGGUGCUGCUUUGCCAAGGGAAUUGGAUCAGAAUGGGAGGGGGGGAAUUUGCUCUUCCUGAAGGAGAGCCCACAGCCUUGUGAGCCUUUCCUUUAUGGAUUGUAACCUUCCUCCUCGUGGGCUGGAGUCCCCUUCUCCUGGUGCUGCUGCCUCUGUGUGUGUGCGGGAUGAGGAAGCGCAGCCGGAUUCCCCAUCACCGGACCCGCACCGGAGAAGGGAGAAGGAAAAGGAGCCUCUGGGAAGGGUCUGUGCUACUAAAACUGAGCAAAACUUCA